AUGGCGUCGGCUGUGCUAGCACUGAGGACGCGGAUAGCUGUUACAGCGCAGUUAAGCCCCCUUCAGGCGACAGCUCUUGCUGUCAGAUAUGCUUCCAAGAAGACAGGUGGCAGCUCCAAAAACCUGGGUGGAAAGUCACCCGGCAAACAUUAUGGCAUCAAGAAAAUGGAAGGUCACUAUGUUCAUGUCGGCAACAUCCUGGGGACUCAGCGCCAGUUCCGUUGGCACCCGGGAGCCCACGUGGGGCUGGGGAAGAAGAAGUACCUGUAUGCCUUGGAAGAAGGGAUAGUCCGCUAUACUAAGGAUGUCUACGUGCCCAAUCCUAAGGACGCAGAAGCUGUGGACCUGGUCAGCAGGCUGCCCAAGGGUGCUGUGCUCUACAAGACUUUUGUCCACGUGGUUCCCACCAAGCCCGAGGGCACUUUCCAGCUGGUUGACAUGCUUUGA